GUUCACAAGUCCUCAGAGACACUCUCUCCCCUUUUUUUCUGGGUGGGGCUUGAUAUGACAAAUGAUGUUAACACUAGAGGAGGCUGUCUAGAUAUCUAGGUAACGUCCUCUAAAAAAGACAACUGCUUUUGCAUGCUCUCAAAGCCAGAGAGAGCACCUUGGAGCCCCUAGUAGGAGCAAGCUGACGGAUGGAUGCGGAGGAGUGGAUCGAGUCCUUCUCCAGGGGCACCAUGUGCUUACUGGGCAUCGUGGGCAACAACUGGCUGGCCUUCAGCUCGCUGCCACGCUCCAGGUCCCAGCUGAAGACCAACGAUGCCCUGUUCAUCAACCUGGCCGUGUCCAACCUCAUCACCAACUACCUGGUGGACCUGCCCGACACCAUGGCCGACUUCAACGGCGGCUGGUUCAUGGGCCUGCCGUACUGCCGCGUCUUCCGCUUCUGCGCCGACCUGUCGGAGACCAGCAGCAUCUUCUCCACGCUCUUCAUCAGCGUCUUCUGGUACCAGAAGCUGGUGGGGUCGUUAAAACGCGGCGGCGCUCCGGUCCGUCUGGACAACCUGCGGCUGGUGGCCGCGCUCCUGGCAGGCAGCUGGACCGUGGCCAUCGCCUUCAGCAUCCCACACCUCAUCUUCGUCGAGGUGGGGACGGGGGAGGAGGGGGACGACGAGGUGGAUUGCCUGGACGCCUUCCCGUCGCCCGCCACCCACCAGGUCUACGAGAUCCUGUACCUGAGUUUGGCCAAUGCCGUGCCCAUCGCUGGCAUCGUCUUCGCCAGCAUCCAGAUCGUGGUGACGCUCAUGAGGAACCAGCAGCGCAUCAGGGGGACAGGUGAGCCACCGCCGGCGCCGGCGUCGCUGCCGGACAAACCUCAAGGGGGCGCCGCAGAUACAACUCCUCCAGCAGGACAACCACCACAGCAAGGCUCCAGUGCUCCAACAGGUGCAUCAGGGGAAGCUGUCCAGCAGCAGCAGCCUCAGCUUCAGGCAGCAGCCAAAGCAGUAGUGGCGCAGGCGAAGGCCGGUCCCAGCGCUGGAGGUCAGGUGCGGGCUGCCAAGAGCGUGGUGGCGGUGGCCUCGGUCUUCCUGGUGUGCUGGCUGACCCAUCUGCUCCUGCGCAUCACCAGCAACGUACAGGCCUCUGAGGUGGUGGUAGAGGUGGCCAGCUACAUCGCGGCGUCCUACACCUGCAUCAUCCCCUACAUCUUCCUGCACGGAGUGAAGAAACUCAACUGCCACUGCUGCUGUCUACGGUGAGAUGGCAAUGAUCCAGGGCCUGUUCAAGAUCUUUUUUUACACUGCAGACCUAAUUAUAACGAUACAAGGUGCUUUAUUUAUCACAUAGAAUUACUAAAACAGUAAAACAUGAAGAGGAAUUAGUUAGGUAAACCUGCUAAGACAUGGGUCAUUUAGUUAAGGAAAAGAGGACUCCAGGCCCUUUUUUACCACUACCACCACUGCAG